AUGGGGCAAAAGAAGGUCUCUGGCAAUGCGAGAAGGAAAGAGAAAGAGAUGAGAGAAUACGUGAGUGUAAACGGGGAAGCGUUCUUGGAGGCGAGAUCGUCGUCUCCUCUUUGGAACGGGUUGGUGUUGCAUCACAAGGAUGUGUUUGUGUCGCACGUGCUUCCGAAAUUGAACGAGACGGAUCGGGUUUUCUUUUCAAAGGUGAAUUUAGAGAGUUGGGGUGUGCUUGCGUACGCAAGGGUAAACGCAUCGGAAUUAAGUGUAGUUGUUCACGAAUGUUCAUCCAUCUCGACGUUGGAAUUGUCGUGGAAUAUCUUUCCUUGGGGAAAGAUAGAUUACGGUGGGUGUUUGAUAGAUCAAACCUGGUUUUGCUGGCAAGUUGCUUUUACGAACAAACUCAAGUUUCUCAAGUGGGCGAGAGAAGUGAAACAGUGCGAGUGGGAUGAAAAGACGAUUGCUGCGGCAGUACUUAAAGGUAAUCUCGAGAUAUUGAAGUACUGUUUCUCUAAUGGUUGCCCGUGUGAUGAAGAAGAGUCGUGUAAACGAGCUGCUAUGGCAGGACACCUCGACUGUGUUCGAUUUCUUUUCGACAAAGUGAAACCUUCGCGAAAGACGGAAAAAGAAGCGGCAAUACAAGCGGUAUGCGGUGGUCACUUAGACAUCUUGAAAUAUUUCGUCGAAGAAAGAAAAAUAUCUGAUGCAGUAAAGCUCGACUGUGUGUUAUCCACUGCAAAGUAUGGCCAACUCGAUAGCAUCAAAUACUUAGUCGAAGAGGCAAAAGUGCCUCGUAACGACUGGCGAUACAUCGCUUGUGCUCGUUACUACGAGCAUACCGACUGCCUAAACUACUUGCUCGAAAGAGGCUCUCCAGAACCAACGGACGAAGAAUACGCAAGAUUUCGUAUUGCUGCGUUGUCCGAACGUAUGGGAGAAGCAUGA